UCCUCCCCUUUUAGGUUAAGUAGUUUAUGACCACGCCCUUAUUUCCUCUUUUGGUUCCAUCUCACCUUUGCGGCAUGCGACGGCAGUUCACCAAAUCUUCUUCUUUCUGCUUCUCUCCGGUCGAAAUUUUUAGUUCAUCCGGAAAUCUCACCGCGGAUAGUCGUCGUUCUAUCAUUAUACCCGAGACGAUUAGCAGUGCAGUUACAAUUUAGUGAAGUGUAAUUCUAUGUGAUCGGAUAUUUGGUUUUCGCAUCACCCAAAAUUUGCAAAAACCACUGUGCACUGUGAUAUCAUAAAAAGUCCCCGAAGACUACUAAAAAAUGACAAAACAUCAUCAUCAGCUGUGUUACGCGCUUUUCCUGUUUAUCGCAGUUCCACUGAUAGACGCUACCAUCCCAACGAUUGAUAAUAUCGUGAAAGUUCUCCAAUCGCCAUCGUUCCAGCAGAUUGUUCUACCACAGCCGUUGAUAGCCGCCGAUCCUACAGUGGUAGCCUCAGACACCAACAAGCCAGCUUCAGCAAGCAGCGUUCCCAACGCAGACAAGGUCAAACCUCAAGCGGAUGCCUCCAUUGAAGCAAAGGACGAAAAUCCCACUCUGAAGCUGGUAACCCGCGUACUUGACACAUUUAGGCCACCGCUUCCAUCCCAACAAGUCGUCCUCAUCCCACAAAGGUACCGUGCCCUGCCCGGAUGUCCACUGUGCGACGCAUCAGUGUACAGCUAUUGCGACUACAAGGUGUACCACGAUGGAUGCUGCUGCGGGACAAUGAACGGCGGUGGUUACGGAAAUGGAUUCGGAGGAGUUUCCAAUGGUAUCGGCUACGGCGGAUGUGGUUACCAGGAGGAUUGUGGUUUUCUGUACGCCAAUUCAUGCUACGAGCAUCAACUGAUAGUGAACUGUUGCUGCAAUUCCCCCUACUAGCGGAUUUUUUCGGAAACAAAAAACAAACACUUUAUUAUUAGAACUCGUCAAGUCUGCAGGCUUCGGCGGUGUAUUUAUUUUCCUUCUUUCAUUUCUCGACUCUUUAUCGAUACGGACUAAAUAGUAGUAGUUGUAUCUAAUAAUAAAGGUUUUAAGUUAGACGAAUCCUUUCGAUUAUCUCUACGUUCACUCGCAAUCAUUGCUCUCUCGUUAGUUUUAAAUUAUUUUCUAGCACGUGGGUUCACUCAACCUCCAAAUGAUGUAUGUUCUUCAAUAAAUGACUGUCAGAAGUAACACAUCUCCAUUCAUUCCGGCACACUCGGGAAAACUUUUCACUUUCUAUCAUGGUCGAUUCGUUCAAAUAAGUUUUUAAUUUAUGAGAGGAUAUAUUUAGUAAGAUCUAUGAUGUAUAGAAAAACAACGAUUCCACGGUAAAAGGUUAUGCGAUUUCCCAGAACUUAUUUUCGAUGAGGAACAAAAAUACCAAAUACAUAUUACGAAGUUCUGAGAUAAGUUACCUUUUCCCAUGGAAUCGCUUCAAUAGUUCUCGAUACAGUAAUCUAGAAGACAAAAAGAGUUGAAGCUCUUUUAGAAGCAUUAUCAGAUUGAAAGUUCUCAAGCCGAAAUAUACGCUAGUAGAGAGAAAUAUUAUCUAUCAUAUCAAAGUA